ACAGCCUCCAGCCCCCGGCACCGCUCCCGCCACGUCAUCAACCCGAACCGAUGACACUUGCGCUCCAUCUGACGUGGACACAUCCAAACCGUGGAUGCAUUCGGGUCAAGCCUCGCGUAAAGAUUUGGAGGGAAAUCUGAGAAAAUAUUAACGCAUGAUAAAUGCAAAAUCUGGAAAAAAGAAAAAAGAAAAAGGAGAAAAUGGAAAAAUAAAUACGGAGCAGAAUGGUUGUGUAUUUUGUAAUUUACAAAGUGGCAAUUGCAAAUAUUUACAAUCCAAACCAGCCCUCUUUCUCUCUUCCUCUGCCUCUGCCCCGCCCCCUUCAUCUCUCUAUGUGAUUCGGAGAAUUGCGUCGUCGGCGAUCGGGCGUGUGCAAUCGGCGAAGUGCCGGUGACGGGGUCCAAGGGGCUUUCCGGGGAGAUCUGGUGGGUUUUUGUUUGCGGAUUUUUUCUGUGAGAGAAUUAGGGUUUCUGUGUCGGAUUUUGCUGAAUUUGGAAUGAAUUAAAGGGUGGUUGUGAAAUUGGGGGCUUUGGUUUGCGGUGGUUGAUGUAGAUGGACGAAGGUGUGAGAUCUGUUGGCCCUUCUGGGGUGUUGGUGAAGAACAGAAAUUCUUCAGGUUGCUUAAUUGUUAGAAAGAAACCGGAUGGGUUGAGUGGUGGUGUCGGUUCUUCGAGUUCUCGGAAGGUUUUUGAACCGAAGAAGGAGAAGAAAAGGUCGAGGUUGGUCUUAAGCGAUUCAGGGUCCAGUGAUGAGAUAAUGGUGCCUCCGCCUCCCCGUAGAAAGGUAGGCUCUGAAACUCUUCGGGUUUGUAAUGGUUUAAGAGCAUUAGAUAAGGGCGCUGUUGAAGGGAGCGAAGUUGGUCAAAAGAGGGAAAGAUUGGAACAUGCUAGGCGUGAUGAGGAUGGUAUGAUCGGUAAAAGUUUUUUGGAUGAGAGUGGAGGAAAGAGAAGUAAGUUGGAGGUGUUUGAAUUCGAUGAGUAUGAUGCAGAAAUUAUGCGAAGGAAACGGUUCAAUGAUGGGGUAGUUGAUUUUGGGGGAAGAAGGUUUUCCGGAUCACAAAGUGGCAUUAAGAGGGAAUUUGAAACUAGUUCAGGUAGACAUGCCGUUGACAAGAGGAAGAAUUUGUACUUUGACAGGACAAGUAGCUUGAAUCGGGGAGAUCAUACUGACAGGGGUAGGUUUGAGAUGAAUAGGGAUGGAGCUCAGCUGCCCUUAUUGAGAGACAAGUUCAUGGGUCAAUCAGAGGAGUCCAUUAGGCUACAGGGUAAAAAUGGUGUUUUGAAGGUCAUGGUGAAGAAGAAAAAUAAUUUGGGUGGGCCACUGGAGAACUAUAAUUUUCACAAAUCUAAAGAAAGUAGAAAGGCUCCAAGGAGUGAAGAUAUUGCGAAGAAUGUUAUUGUCCCUCCAUUUUACUCAGAACCAAAGCUUCUUGAGAAACCAGUUUCAGUUGUUAGGACAGAGAAAAACCAUGUGAAUUUGCGAAAAUCAUUACCCACUAAGAGCAGUAAGGGCUCCGACUCUGAUUCAGAGGAUAGUGAUACAUCGUUGAAGCUCGGACCAAAGAAUGUGGAAGCCUCUAAACCAAUGAAGAGGGCCGUUUGCAAAGAUGAAGAUGCUCCUUCAUGUGAAAAGACUCCUCCAAUCAGAAUCAAAGAAGGUAAAGUUAGACGUGGUAGUGGCACGGAGAAGCAAAAACUACGUGAAAGAAUACGGGAGAUGCUCCUGACUGCAGGCUGGACAAUAGAUUAUAGGCCUAGAAGGAACAGAGACUACCUAGAUGCUGUGUACAUUAACCCAGCAGGUACAGCUUACUGGUCCAUCAUUAAGGCUUAUGAUGCGCUUCAAAAGCAAUUAAAUGAGGAAAGUGAGGCUAAACGUAGUGCGGAGGGGUCUUCAUUUUCACCUAUAACUGAUGAUGUACUCAGCCAAUUAACCAGGAAAACUCGAAAGAAGAUUGAGAAAGAAAUGAAAAAGAAGCAUAGGGUUGAUGCUGAUAGUGAGAAUGCAAGAGGAGUCCGUAUAAAAAGAUCUUCAAGUGUCAAGCAUGAUCCAGACAGCAUGGAUAGUGUUAGUUACGAGGAGAAACUAAGCUCCUACUUAAAGCAGGGUGGUAAGUCAUUCAAGGGUAAAAUGAACGAAAAUGGUUUUGCCAGUGUGAACUCAAAUGGGCAGAAUACCUCUCAUCAUUUACAUGACAGUGUUGAAAAACCGUCCUCAGGAUCUAGUUCUCAUAUGCCACAUGGAAGGAAAAGUAGGAAGCUUGGAAGGUGUACUUUGUUGGUUCGUGGUUCUAAACAGGGGGCAAACUCAGAAAGUGAUGGCUAUGUUCCAUAUACUGGAAAAAGGACUUUGCUUUCCUGGCUGAUUGACUCUGGAACUGUGCAGUUGAGCCAAAAGGUGCAGUAUAUGAAUCGUCGAAGGACUAAAGUAAUGCUGGAAGGGUGGAUUACAAGAGAUGGCAUUCACUGUGGUUGCUGUAGUAAAAUCCUAACAAUCUCAAAAUUUGAGAUUCAUGCGGGAAGCAAAUUGCGCCAGCCAUUUCAAAAUAUAUGUUUGGAUUCUGGGGUUUCCCUUCUGCAAUGUCAGAUAGAUGCAUGGAAUAGACAAGAGGAUAUUGAACGCAUUGGUUUCCACUCUGUACAAGUUGACGGUGAUGAUCCUGAUGAUGAUACUUGUGGCCUCUGUGGAGAUGGUGGGGAUUUGAUCUGUUGUGAUAGCUGUCCAUCAACAUUUCAUCAGAGCUGCUUGAAUAUACAGAUGCUUCCUCCAGGUGAUUGGCACUGUCCAAAUUGUACAUGCAAAUUUUGUGGGAUAGCAAGUGAGAAUGUUGCUGAAGAGGAUGAUACAACUGUUUCUGCACUGCUCACUUGCAGCCUCUGUGGAAAAAAAAGUCAUAUAUCAUGUAGUCAGGAAAUGGAUGUUAGUCCUGCUGAUUCUCCUUGUUUAGGCUCUUCCUUCUGUGGACAGAAAUGCAGAGAGCUCUUUGAGAAUUUGAAGAAGUAUCUUGGGGUCAAACAUGAACUAGAAGCAGGAUUUUCAUGGACGCUUGUUCAUAGAACAGAUGAAGAUCAAGGGUUUCCUCAAAGAGUCGAAAGCAAUUCUAAGCUUGCUGUUGCUUUGACUGUUAUGGAUGAAUGUUUUCUGCCUAUUGUUGACAGGAGGAGUGGGAUCAAUUUAAUUCAUAAUGUUCUUUAUAAUUGUGGAUCGAACUUCAAUCGACUGAACUACGGUGGAUUCUACACCGCUAUCUUAGAGAGAGGUGAUGAAAUAAUUUCUGCGGCAUCUAUCAGGUUUCACGGUACAAAGUUAGCAGAGAUGCCAUUCAUUGGAACUCGUCACAUAUAUAGGCGACAAGGGAUGUGCCGUCGGCUUUUUUAUGCCAUUGAAUCGGCUCUAUGCUCUCUAAAGGUUGAGAAAUUAAUUAUCCCUGCAAUUGCGGAACUCAUGCAUACAUGGACAGAAGUUUUUGGUUUUAUUUCUAUUGAGGAAUCGUUCAAGCAAGAAAUGAGGUCGAUGAAUAUGUUAGUGUUCCCUGGUAUAGACAUGCUACAGAAGUUGUUAGCAGAUCAAGAAAAUGAGGGGAACAUGACAGCCAACACAGAUUUAAAGCAAAUGGAUUGCGAAGGCAAGGAUUGUAUAAAGCCUGGGGGCAGAAGCAAAUCAGACAUUGGUUCUCCGGCUAGUCUUGAUGGCCAUGGGUCUGAUGAAGCUGGUUUGCGUCCUAUCAAUGAAACAGUUGAUGAAGAUGCUGCUACGGAUUCUGGUUCACGACGUAUCCGUGUCUCCUUAAAUGAUACUCCUGUGAUGAGUGGUUCAUUAGAUGCUUCUGAUGAACUUAAAAAUUUAGAUUCCACUGAAAGGAGUAUAUCUUCUGACUCUGCUUCAGGGGCUGAAUUGGCUGGAUCUACUUUUGACAAGGAAUUCCCUCCUAUUAAUACAAGCCAUGAAGCUCUAGAGACAGAAAAUAAACCAGUGCUGGAUUCUCCUGUUGAAGAUAAAAUGCAGUCUACCUCUCAGGGGGCUGGUGCUUCUUUAAAUAACACUUCCAUGUUGAGUAGUAGGUCGUCAGAUGCUUCUAAUGAACGUAACAUUCAGGUUUCAAACAAGGGGACUACAUCUUCUGACUCUGAUUCAGAAACCAAGUCAGCAGAAUACGCUUCUGAUGCAAAAUGCCAGUCACACCCUGAUACAGGCCACAAUAAAAAGGUGGAAAUAGAAUCCAUUUUGGAUACUUCUCUGAAAGAAAACUCUUCAAAGUCUUUGGAAGAAGGUGCUUUGGAUGAUUCCUGCGAAGAUGAUUCCCAUGAAGAGACUGUUGAUGUUGCCUGUCUUGAGCCUAUUAACUCUUCAGGAGAAACUUUUGCAAAGAACACCAAGGAGGAAGCUAAUGGAAAUCCAGAUUCCAGUUUCUGUGAUGCAAAUGAGAGUUCCUUGCCAAAUAAAUGUGAUUUGGAUAUUCAGUUUGAUUGUGAGACUAAAAACGAAUCAUGCGUGGCUUCAGAAGUUGCUUCCGAUGCAAUGGAUUGUGAAAAGAGCCUUCCUCAAGCAUCUAGUGAUGGUUCCAGGACUGAUUCUGGGAAGGCUGAAUCUGGUUCUCUUUGAUAUAAUUAAGAAAUGUUUGCUGAGUUCUGUAUGCCAAACCAUAAAUCUCUCUGAGUGUUGGAAAGCAUCAUUUGUUCACAAUUUUGCGGGGCAUUGGAGCUGAUGGCGAUACCUUGAUUUGGAUUGCAUGAAUAAGAAGAAUUUGUUACAACUCCAAGGAAAUUGAUAGUCCUUUGCCUUGUUUUUAGUAUGGUUUUAAGGUUCUAGUUCAACUUUAAGUGGACUUCAAGAUUAUUUCUUAUCCUUGGAAGUUGCAAGAUGUGCCAUUGUUGCAUCUAGGAUGGUGUUAUGUACAAUUAAGUCAACGGUGAAGUUGCUGAUGCUAAACGACGUUUUGAACGUCCCAGGUAUGGCAGUAAGAGACUGAUGCUGCUUCAAUGCCUGUAUAUCUGGAUCUGCUUGAUGUGAAGUUUGGGAUUUUUCCGAUGUCAGGUCAUCACAUGACAGGUGGUAUAAGAAAAUUCUUUUGCAGGUGUUUUCAUGUUAAAUUUUAGCAUUUGUACCUAGUGCCGGUGCAGCAUUAACAGACCUCAGCCGCAAUUUUGAUUGCCCAACUGUUUGGAAGCAACAAACUUCUGUAUUGUCAACUUCUGUAGCUCAGAUCAGCUUCUCAUUCGAAAUUUCAAGUAUGGGGUUUAAUCAUUGACUUUUUUUCUUAGCGGUAUAGGUGCAUGAUAAGUGAAGGUCUCUUGAGUGAAGAGGAAAAAGGUGCUCUGGUAUUGAAUGGAGUUGUUCCCAUGCAUUUGAUGAUGAUUUGCCAUAAAAUGUCUGAAGCACUCGUUAGAUGUGUAGAUUUAUUGGACUUAAAAUCCCAUUGCUCAUAGGAUCAUAUGAGGGCUCAUGCCUGUGUAUAUUUAUGUUCCUUUGAACUUUAAAGCUCUUCAGUUUUGUUAUAUUCAAGCUUCUCGUGUUCUUCUCUAAACCAAGGCAUGUUACGUUGUACCUCAAACUACUGUUUUGUUAGAAAUAUUGUGAAAUGUUACCUCCAAAACAAGUUUUUUUUUUUUCUGAAUAGAUUGUUCAUUUUUAAUUGGAUUUGUUGAUUCGUAUGGUCAUCAUGGGAUCCACUUCUAAGAGACGUGCGUGCCUGCAUGUAGUAACACAAUGUGGCCCUUAUUCUUCGGCUCGUAUAAAAUGCCGAAAUUCAGUUGAAUGAAUGAUUAUUGCUCUCUUCAGAUUUCACAUUUUAAGAGAUACAGAGGGAGGCAAUGGACAUGUGCACAGGCGUAGCCCCGUUCCUCUAUGGUGUGAUUCACCGACUCAAGCGUCGGUGGGGAUAUCGGAGGGUGGAGGUUGAAGAAGAAGAAGAGCAUGGUUUGAUUAAUCCGAGGAGGGUGGAGGUUGAAGAAGAAGAGCAUGGUUUGAUUAAUCGACGGUUCAGAGUUGUGGGAAUUGCAGUCAUCAUUUCGAGGAGGUUGAAGAACAUUAUGUCUGGUCAUAUGGUUUGAAGUGUGUAACUUUGUAUAUGCCAUUGAUCCCUGACCAUUUCGUUCAUCAUAUAUGGACUGUAUUGUUCAACAUUCCAAGCUUAAUUCUAUCAAAUUUGCUCA